GGCAUCCCCCACCACUUUUGUCAGUGUUUUUUGAUCGCCAUUGCUUGCUUUGUGCCUGCGACAUUUUCCCAAUAGCUUUUAACUUUUCUGAGCCCAAAUCUUUGAGUGCCUCUACGUUCAGUUUAGAUUUUCUCGCGAUUAAUAUCAGCGCCGUGUGAACUUACGAGUUUGCUUCACGAAUUGCGGUCCUUCGAUCCCGCUUAUUGGUCGUUUCUUUCAGGACACAACUGAUUGGUCAGUGCUCACGAAUCCUCGGAGUCAAUCGAAUCCUCCAUUGGGGAGCUUUUUCCGCUGAUUCGUCAAUCUCAUUAUAUAGCCUAAUCGCGGUUCAUCCAAACAUUUUGCAAUGGAUUGUAACAGUGACAGCGGCGACGAAAUUAGCAGUGCUUUUUUGACUGGAAACGGGCAAGGUUACAUCAUCAACGAUGACAUGGAUGAUGAUGCUGUGUUGACUGGGGAAAAUUCAGAUGAUUCAAAUCAUGAUGGUGACCCAAAAUCGUCCAGACCUCUCAGAGAACAAGACAGAUUCCUGCCCAUUGCAAAUGUUGCUAAAAUUAUGAAAAAAGCCAUUCCUCCUAGGGGCAAAAUUGCCAAAGAUGCCAGAGAAUGUGUCCAAGAGUGUGUUUCUGAAUUUAUCAGUUUCAUCACAAGUGAGGCAAGCGAACGAUGUCAUCAAGAAAAAAGGAAAACAAUAAACGGUGAAGAUAUUCUUUUUGCGAUGACAAAUUUAGGAUUUGACAAUUACAUAGAAUCGUUGAAAAUUUACUUGCAAAAGUACCGAGAGGCUACCAAAGGCGAUAAAUCUACUGGACAUAUUUAUGAAGAAAUUGAUGAUUGCUUUGCUUCACCCUCGAUCUCUGGUAAUAUGAUAGCCCAAAAUGGACAAGAAGAUACUAUUGUUUACACAACGUAUCAAGAACCUCUUCAGCAGUUUCAUAUGACAUAAGAGACAACGUUUGGAAAAAUAUUGCAUUUUAACUUAAUCCAAUGAACAGUCUUCACUUUACCUUUUUCCUCCCCAAAUUCUGAUUUCUUUCGAUAUGAAUAGUCAAAUUGAGAAAUUAAUUGAAUUGGUUUUUGGGUUCUUUUUUCCUUUAAAGUCUGUUAGAGUCCUUGACAAGUAAGUUUACGCUCUUCUAGCCUGCGACAGAAAAUUAUCUGUCGCCACUUUUACAUGUAAAGUAAAUGCAAGGAACACUAUGGCAGAUCUUCUUUCGCAGUCUAAAAGUGCCUAUACUUAUUUAGUGAGGCCUCUAGCACAAUUAAGCAGCAAGAAUCUCGAAAAUAAAGAAGUACAAAAAUUUCACUUGUCUGGUCAAUAUUUUACAGUUUGAACAUGAAGGCAUAACAAGCCAAGACCUGUUUGUAACUGUCGCUCAUUAUAAUCUAUCAAAAUUCAAUUUUAAACUUUCAAAAAUCAUUAUAUCAUCUUUUACCCGCAGGAUUAAUUUUAUCUGAUAAAUAAAAUAGAUGUAAAUAAUUUUACCUGAAAGUUAUCAUUAUUGUUAGGCGAUCUAAAAUCUUAAUUGUCUGAUCUUAUGUUUGUAUUUUUUGCAUUGAUCCGACUUAUUGUCUAAGCAUUUGUAUAAAGUAUACAGAGCUUAAAAUAAAAGAAGUGUCCCAUUUUA